AUGAAUAAAUACAUAAGAGCGCCAAAAUUAAUUUAUAUUUGUGCUUCUCUGGGUAUUCAUUCCAUACUUUUUAAAAAAGAAAAAAGUUCAGAUAAUAAAAAUUUGUACCAUAAUAAAGAUUUCAUAAAAUUAAAAAAUAUAAUAUUCUUAACAUCCUGUGAAAUUCCCCAGGAUCCAAAAGAAGAAGGAGGAAAAAAAAAUUAUGAUAGGUACCACAAUGAAUUAUUUAACAAUAAAAUAAAUCAAAAUAAUGUACACAUCGAUAAUAAUGAAUUAAUAAAUUAUUUUGAUGAAUUAUAUAAAGAAAGUAAAAAUGAAAAUAUUAUUACAAAUGGUGAGGAGGAAGAGGUUGAGUUCAAUUCAUCAAACGUUUUGUUAUCCUUUGUUGAGGAGCAUGAACAUGUAAAAAAUAAAAAUGAUAAUGAUAAAUGUAUAAAAGAUGAACAUGGUGAAUCCGAAAGAGUAGAAGAGAAUAUAAUAUUAAGUGAAGAUAUAAUAAAUAUUAUUGAAAAUAUUUUAAAAAAAUAUAAUGUUGUUUUAUUUAUGAAAGGCACAGCUUUAAAUCCUUAUUGUAAAUAUAGUAAACAAGCUAUUCAUAUUCUAAAAUUAAAUAAAGUAAAACAAAUUCAUACCGUCAAUAUUUUAGAUAAUCAAGAACUAAGAAAUGCUUUAAAAAUAUAUUCGAACUGGCCUACAUUUCCUCAAUUAUAUGUUAAUCAUAAAUUUAUAGGUGGCAUAGACAAGUUGCAAGAAUUGCAUGACCAAAAUAAAAUUAAAGAUAUUAUAUAA